AGAACCUCCUCGGAUGACACGGCCACAAAACGGCUCCACACGUCGUGAGUGUAGAACUCCACAGUGUGAGCGUUGGCGAUAGUCAGAGUUGCACCUAAGAACCGAGUGACUUUAUCUAUUCGUUUCUGGACCUCUGUGAGGUCCAUCGAGAAGGGAAUCAUGUUGAAAAACUGCAAAAGUAAGGAAGACUGAUGUGAACCGAGCCUGUAGUCAACAGCAUAUAUUUUCCAGGCAUUAGUAGUUGAAAACAUAUAAUCGAUUUUGCUUAAGGCGCCUGGAAGCCCUGUUUUAAGCUUCUGUUAGUUAGUCCUAUUUGCAGUCUAUUUUAAUAUUUUAAUAAUGAAAUAUUAACUUAAAAAUGAAAGCGGAUAAGGGAAAUGUACGCCAUAUCAAUCUGCUAAACUGAGCUUGUUUAUUCACGUCUGUCGUGAAACGUCAUCACUCCGCGACCGCCUAGGACAACGUCGUCGGAGCACGAGCGCAAACACUAUAAUAUUCAAGUCUAAUGGCGCCGAUUAAUCAGAAAAUGAAGACAAAUGCUUUCCAACGGAAAGAAGGCAACUGGAAGAAAUCAACAAAACCAACCGAUGGCGUCAAAAAGAAGAAGAAAUGGGUUCCCGAGGACAAAAUAUUUCGAGGAAGUGUGAAAGAAGGUAAAGGCUUUGCACUUAAGCGGAAGGAGAAACUGCAGCAUGAGUACAACAAGCUUCUGCGGAAGGAGAAGAAGAAGAACAUGACCCCACAGACGACGAAGCUGUACAGGGCGGACUACCCUGAACACCUCAAACAUUUAUACAUGGCCGAGGAAGAGAAACUGAAGCGCGAGGCGUGGACAAACCGAGUGAACAGGGCCAAGCUGAGAAGGAAAGGACGGGACAAUGAGGCAGACAUGGAGGACGAGGCUCCACAAGCAGCUGAAACAGCCGGUUCUGAUGCGGAAAUUACAGCAUCUGAGGCGGCAGAUGCGACUACUGAGGGGUCCACAUCAGCACCAGAAAUGCUUCCCAUGAGCAACCGCAUGAAGAAAAAAAUGCAGAAGACGACGUCAUUCCAGAGGUCAAAAGAGGAGUACAAACAAGCCCAAGAGAAUCGGAGGAAAAAGAAAGAGGAGUUCCUCGCGAACAAGCAGCAGCGAGAGGAGGCUGUCCGCAAGUACAAACAGAGAAAAAUGGAGUCCUUUCAGAUGCUGUGCAAAAAGACCAAGAAGGGACAGCCUAACUUAAAUCUUCAGAUGGACUACUUGCUUCAGAAGAUACAGAAAAACUCAGAAACUUCAAAGAACUGAAGUUAGAUUCGGUUUUGUUAGUAAUCCAUUCUGAACGGUCCUGACUCAGUGCAGAGACUAAGUCAACAAUUUGUGGGAUUUUAUGUGUCGGCACUCAAUUGUGUAGACUGAUACAGACUAGUUUGUCACAUUGUAUGCUAACUGAGACAGAUAAAAGGGAGAUUUCAUCCAAUAUUGAUAUUGGUCUGACAUUAGCAGAAAAAAAGUAGUGUCUGCUCUAAUCUAAACUUUCUGAUCGAGGCAGUCCUGCAGCGUGUUUACUUGUGCUAGGAUGGGCAGCCCGUUAACAUCUAAAGUCCUCCAGUAAGCACACAGGGUUGCUAUCUUCUUCUAUUUUUAUCAAGUCGUUUACAAAAGGUAAACAAGCCAGGCUACUAGGAGCUAGCGGCUACACAACAGCUGAGCACACAAGCUAGACAUACUGUACGUCAUACAAGUCCUUCAAUGAAGAAUAUUGCAGUCUUAUACGACUUUUUGUCAAUAUAAAAAAGUAUCAAAUAAUUAUAGUUGUAUAUUACUUACACAUACAAAGUCUCCAAGGCAGGAACACAUUAAAAAGUAUCCUGUAACAAAUGUGUCUGCAUCAUUCAACCUAUUGUGUCAUGAGCUUAACUUAAAAGGGCCCUGUUAUGUUGGUACCAGUUCAAUCAAUGUUUACUUAUAUAGCCCUAAAUCACUAGUGUCUCAAAGGGCUGCACAAACCAUGAAUUGAUUAAUGUGAACCCCGACUUAAACAAGUUGAAAAACUUAUUCGGGUGUUACCAUUUAGUGGUCAAUUGUACGGAAUAUGUACUGUACUGUGCAAUCUACUAAUAAAAGUAUCAAUCAAUCAAUCAAUCAAAAACCACAACGACAUCCUCGGUAGGCCCACAUAAGGGCAAGGAAAAAUUCACACCCAGUGGGACGUCGGUGACAAUGAUGACUAUGAGAACCUUGGAGAGGAGGAAAGCAAUGGAUGUCGAGCGGGUCUAACAUGAUACUGUGAAAGUUCAAUCCACAAUGUUGUGUAUUUGGGAUCUCCUUAAGUCCAGAAAAUUAGAAAUCAAACCGUGGAGACAUAGCGGAUACAUACAAACCCCGUUUCUAUAUGAGUUGGGAAAUUGUGUUAGAUGUAAAUAUGAACGGAAUACAAUGAUUUGCAAAUCAUUUUCAACCCAUAUUCAGUUGAAUGCACUACAAAGACAAGAUAUUUAAACUCAAAAUUUUUUUUGUGUGCAAAUAAUCAUUAACUUGAACAUUUCAUGGCUGCAACACGUGCCAAAGUAGUUCGGAAAGGACAUGUUCACCACUGUUACAUCACCUUUUCUUUUUACAACACUCAAUAAACGUUUGGGAACUGAGGAAACUAA